UUGUCAAUCUCUAGCGGCGAAUGUAACUAUUUGUAACCCUCACUUUUCCAGUGGAUUUCGUUUCGGCCAGUGCACAGGCUAACCACUUUUCCGUGUGAGUAUAAGUGAAUCCGGCAAUGGAGCCCAGCUACAGGGAAAAACGGGAGUGGCUAAACAACCGCGGCAGUGCCGGCAAUGACACUAGCAACUACGGAGCCCAUCGGGUCACCACCACCGGCUACUCCGGCCAGUUGGGCCAGCCGCCCCAAAAGGCUCGCAACCUGGGUGGCUGGGCCCCCUGGUCGGGGCCAAGCACAUUCGCAAACUCCGUGCCUUACAACUCAUCCUCUGUUUACCACAAUCCUGCUGCCCCGCAGGCCAACUCUCUGUGGAGCCGCGAAAGACCCGAGUACAACCGGCAUCAAGAUCAAGACCAAGACCAGGCGAGACCAAGCACAAACAUGAACAGCCGCACCUGGUCGGCCAGCCGUGGACCUGCUCCACCUCCACCCCCUUCCAUCGGGGUGGACCAGUGGCAGGUUCUGGGACAGGGACAAGGACAGGGGCAUGGUCCUAAACCAAACCCAGGUCCAAGUCAAAGAAUGCAAUCCAUAAUUAAUCAAGCGCUAGAACGGGGUGUUUCGAAAUUUGUUUGUGAGCAGCUCGCCACUCUUAGCGGCGCCAGAUGCAAGUGGUUCUAUCGCUACGUCGAUUUGGGACUCGGCCCCAAGGAGGCCCUGUCCAAGACCUUGGAAAGAAUGGCCAACACGGCUGGCUUCAAGGGUGGCGCCCUCAAGUGGUACGAAAAGUACAUUGCCAGCGGCUGCACCGAGAAGGAGGCUCGAGAGAAGGUGCUCGAGUACCAGAGGAACAAUGCGGCCAGCCGCAAGCUCCAGGGCUCGCAGCAGGCAGUUGUUCCGGAUGAUCGCGGGCGCAAGCGUCCGAUCGAUAACAAGGACUCCAUUGGCGGCAGGGCCAAGGAGGAGCCCAAGAAACCGCGGAGGUCUGCGGAGUCGCCUCCGAGGAAAAACAUUGUCAUGGCCGUCAUGCCGGAUAAGUAUCCGGCAUGCGUACUGAGCAAGAAACAGCUGUCUCGGAUCGAGGCCGCCCUCGUGGAGGAGAUGAGAAAGGGUUGGAAGACCAGCAUCAACUUUGGAGGCAUUCAAUUCCUCCCGGGUCUGAUCCUAGUUACCUGCAUUGACAGGAACACCAAAAAGUGGUUGGAGCACGUGGUGCCGAACAUCGCAGUCGUACAGGGGAUCACCCUGACCACCCGUCCGGAGACCGAAAUUCCCGCCACCAAGGGGAUAACUGUCUUGGUACCGCGCUCCGCCGACGAGCCCGAUAAUAUCACAACAGAGCUCCUGAUCGAUCAGAAUACGGACCUCCUGUCGAAAACUUGGCAGGUCGUCCGCUCUACCACGACCAAGGAGGGCAACAAGGUGGUGACCAUCACCCUAAGUGACAAGUCCUUUGAGCUGCUGCAGCUGAAGGGCCUGACAGUCAGCUAUCGUUUUAGCCAGCUUUCGUGUCGCCCAAUAAGCGGCAAGGAAGCUCUCAGGACAGUUCGCGUCAACUACGCGGAGCCCCGUCCGCCACCACCGCCAAAGAAUGAUGCUUCCCAGUCCAGCGAAAUCGACCUGACUGAGGAUGAUAGUGAAGAAUUUAUUUCUCAGCUUAACCUUGUUGUGGUUGACGAGGUUAAGGGAGAUGAGGACGAUGAAAACGAAGAGGCUCCAGAAGGAGAAGCUGAUGGGGAACACGAUGACCAGGAGAUUGCUGAAGGGCACGACGAAGAGGAGACUGCUGAGGGCGAGCACGACGAGGAGGACACUGCCGAGGGGGAAUAUGUCGAGCAUGAAGCCGCUGAGGGGGAAAACGUGGAGGAGGAGGCUGCUGAAGGGGAGCCUGAGGAAUCGUACGAAGUUGAGGGGAGCGUCGGAGACGAUCACGAGCAGGAGGAAGAAGUUGAGAAUGCUGGUGAGGAAGAGAAUCAGCAUGGUGACGGGGAAGAGGCUGAGGCUGAGGGAACCACCAUAGAAUAAGCAGCCCCUUGUAAGUAUGCACCAUGAAUGGAUAGACAAGGUGAUCUCAAGAAACACAUUAUGCAAAGCAACAUUUUAAAAUGAACCAUUAAUUCAUUUGCAACACGCCCUAGACAUUAGUAUUUACCACAAAGAAGCUCACAAGACAUCGACAAAUAUGGUUCCAGCAAGCGAACACAAGUUUGACACAAAUUUACGACCUUUUACGGCAGUAUCUGGACAUACUCCUCCUACCUCCUACAUUUUGACAUCCUUAAUUUACAUACAAAAUGAAUUUGUAUUAUGAUUUAUGAUUAAAAACAUUUGGUUUUGGACCGCAACAUGGGUCAAAAACAUCUGUA